AUGUCGCAUACAUAUAAAACAAAAAUAUUUAGUAAAGAAAAAAUUUCCCUUGCAAAUACCACAGAGUAUGUAAAGGGGGGAAGAGAGAAAUUUAAGCUUUUGAAACAAGGUUUUGGUGGUAUUAAACAGAUUGGCGUAAUCGGUUGGGGCAGUCAGGGUCCCGCCCAGGCAAUGAAUUUACGUGAUUCUUUAGUGGGUACUGGCAUUCGCGUUGUUAUGGGCUUAAGAAAAGACAGUCCAUCAUGGAAAAAAGCAGAAAAAGAGGGGUUCACUGUAGCGAACAAAACGCUUGGUGAAAUGUUUACUGUAAUAAAGAAAAGCGAUCUCGUUAUUCUCCUUAUUUCAGAUGCUGCCCAAGCUAAGCUCUACCCACGAAUUUUCAAGGCCAUGCGACCAAAAACUACUCUAGGACUCUCUCAUGGGUUCCUUGCAGAAUACUUGCGAACACUAGGGGAGCAAUUCCCAGCAAACAUCAACGUUAUUGGGGUAUGCCCCAAGGGUAUGGGUCCUUCUGUAAGGCGACUGUACGAGCAAGGAAAAAAAAUUGAUGGAGCAGGUAUUAACACGAGUUUUGCUGUGCAUCAGGAUAUUACAGGGAAAGCAACUGAGUAUGCCAUCUCUUGGGCAUUAGGAGUUGGUGCCCCCUUUAGUUUCUGCACCUCCUUAAACAUGGAGUGCAAGUCAGAUAUAUACGGAGAAAGAGGUAUAUUACUAGGUGCAGUUCAUGGGAUAGUAGAAGCUCUUUAUAGACGCUUUGUAGAUAAAGGAAUGAAAAAGAGUGAGGCGUUUAUACACUCUGUAGAAAGCAUUACAGGCCCUAUAUCGGGAAAAAUAUCACAUGAGGGUAUUCUUGCCGUGUACAAUGACAUGAAAACAGCAGAUAAAAAAGAAUUUGAACUUGCAUACAACGCAAGCUAUGAUACCGCUAAAGAAGUAUUACAAGAGAUCUACGAUGAGGUAUCUUCAGGGAAUGAAAUACGCUCUGUAAUCUACGCAAUGGAGCGCAUGAAUGAAUUUCCACUUGGUAUUAUUGAUAACACAGAAAUGUGGAGCACUAUUGGAAAAGAGGUGCGCAAAAAACGAGAUAAGACAGUUGUCCCUGUCCACCCUCAUACUGCUGGAAUCUAUAUUGCUACCAUGAUGGCGCAGAUAGACGUGCUACUUGCAAACGGUCAUUCGUACUCUGAAAUAGUAAACGAAUCUGUUAUUGAGGCAGUGGAUUCACUAAACCCAUAUAUGCAUUACAAAGGAAUAAGCUAUAUGAUAGACAAUUGCUCGAUGACAGCAAGGCUAGGAGCAAGAAAGUGGGCGCCACGUUUUGAUUACAUGCUACAACAGAAUACUUUCGUGCAGCUGGAUGCAAAAAAAGCAAAGAAGUCCUCAUACAUAACCGCCUUCAAGAAGCACCCUGUGCACGUAGCGGUACAGACACUGCUAGGGUAUCGACCAAGCAUUGAUAUUGCUGUUAAAUAA